AUGGACCCCGCCAUCCUCAUCCAUGCGGUCACCAACGCACAGGCACUCGUCAAACACUCCGCCAGGCUCACCCCCACCAGCGCAUUCCCCCGCCACCACCAGCUGGGCUGUGCAGUCGUCAUCUGCGCAUGCUUCGAAUCACAGACAGAAACCGACAUCCUCGCUAGCGUCUUCAGGAAACCAGCCGCACUCAACUACCAGACCCUCUUCAACGCCAUCCAGGAGCCCCGAUCACUCGAAGCAGUCAGGUAUGGCUCCGCAAAGGCCUUCUACAUCGACCUCAAGUCCGUCUACAGCACCCUCGCCGUCCUCUCCCAGAUCGCGCCGGGGAUAUGGAAGGCGGCAAAGACGAUGGACAGCUUCACGGACGACGCUUGGAUGACGGUGGUUUCCCUGCAGGCGGAGAAAGUGGAGAACGGCGAGCUGGAAAACCCGCUGCCCGAUGCCCACCAGCUGUUCGCGACCCCGGACGCGGCCGACGACCCGCGCCCGCCGUGUCUGGCGGACACCCCGGUGGAGGCGGUCCUGGAGAGUCUCUCGGGCCGGCUGACGGCGGCGGCGCGGGCGCAGCUGCCGUCCAACCGCACCGGCGAGGGCCCGCCGCGGCUGGCGCUGGCUCUGCCGACGAGCACCGCGGACGCCCUGGCGGACGACCCGGAGAUCGAGGUGCUCUAUCCGCCCGCCGCCUCGCUCAAGCGGCUCCGCACGCCCGAGCGAUGUCCCCACCCGCCCUCGCCCUCCUCCCUCGACACCCUCCUCCCCCCCUCGGCCACCAAAAGAGCCCGGCUCGAGCACGACCACGGCGUGGAUGAGCUCGGCUGGCUGCGGCCUCAGACGCUCAAACAGGCCCUGCACGCGCCGCUCGAGGGUCUGCGCCGGACGAUGGCCGACGCGCCCGAGCAGCUGUCCUCCCUGCGACUGCUCGACGGGGCGAUCCACGCGCUCAUCCUGGCCGCCAAGCGGGUGCCCAAGCCCAUCAAGGCCGAGGAGCCCGAGGGCGACGCAGCCGGGGACCGGGCGACGGCGAAGCGGGCCCGGCUGUGUCUGCAGCGGAUAUAUCACGAGAUCCACGCGCUCGACUUCGCCCACUACUGCUCCGCCAUGACCGCCCCGCCGACCGCCGAAGAGACGGCCAACGACGCCGCGAUCCAUGCGGCCCAUCUGGCCGCCUUCGCGCGCACGAUGCGUCGCAAGGUGCGCGCGCACGUCCGCAUCCUGCUCCCCCCCACGCCUGCGUCCGGGCCCACUCCCUCGCCGCUGACGGAGGAGCGCGAAGGGUCGACGGCCGACGCCGAGCGCGACUGGGUCGUCCAGCAGCUGGUCGUCGCCGAGCGCGAAGAGAGCCGCCGGUCGUCGUCCGCCUCGCAUCCCGCGGACGCCGAAGACGACGAGCCCGGGGCGGCCAAGCUGCGCACGCAGAUCCUGAACGCCUUCGUCAGCCCGGCGGGCGCGGGCGUGCCGGGGACCGCCCCGUUGGCGUGUCUGCGGUUCAAGACGCUGGCCGUGCGGGUGGGCUCGUGGGUGCGGAUCUUCGACCCCGCCCGGCCAAGCAAGCCCGUGGCCGUCGUCGUCGUCGCACGGUUCCUCAGGGCCGCCGACGUGCCCACGGACACCGGGCACCGCCCGCUGGCCAAGGAGCUCUUCCGGGCGGUCCUGGACUGUUGUGCGGUCCUGCACAUCGACGACUACCUGAGAGCCCGGCCGACGGAUGAAGCGGGGCUGAGCACGACCCACGUCUGUCGAUACGGCUACAACCCGAUCCUGCACCAGCUGACGCGGCUCUCGGCCGCCGAAUUCACCCAGCUGCCGCUGCAGAAGCCGCCCGCCCGGGCCGGAGCGAGGGCCAAGCCGGCCGACGACGCCCGCUUCGCCUUCCCCCGCGCAAUGUCCGAUCCCCUCGGCGUCCCCGGCUCCCACCACCACCAGCUCCGCGCCGAUCCGUCCACCGCCCUGCCGCGCCGCGCGUCCGAGUUCAAUCCCCGGACGACGACGUCGAUGGAGGUCCCGUCGCCCAUCUCCUUGCUCGACCCCUGCCUCACCGAGCCUCCAUCUGCCCCACCACCCCCGCCCACCGCUGCCGACAUCCCCGUGCCUCACACCGCCGACCCGCCGCUUCUGCCCUCCUUCCACACGGCCCAGGACGCCCGCCAGGCUCCCGUGCCGUACCCGCGACCCACUCCGGCGCCGGCCGCAGCCAAACAGCAGUACGCACUGCUGGACCGUCAGUACGUGCCCAACAACCAGCAACGGGCGGCGGGCCAACAAGCCGGAGUCGGUUCUUUUGGACAACGGCCACAGCAGGCUCAGACUCCCCAGCACUCGCCCCUCCAGGUGCACAUUCCCUUGCAGCAACCAGGACCGCCCGGCCAGCAUCAGACGACAGCCCAACAGUUCGACCUCCGCCAGGGGCUGCACUACUCGCCUCGCUCGAAUCACGUCCAGAACAGCCCGUCUGCCGGCCAACUCACCUCGCCCCGUCUCCCGCUUGGCACGCCCAAACUCUCCCCUCAUCCCCACCCAGGAUCAUCGUAUCCUGCAGGCGUCAAUGGGGCCGUCAAUGGUAAAGAGCCCAGUCAGUUCGAGUCCCGCGCGGGCUCGCAAGUCCUGAACAGCAGUCCCACCGGGCCGACCCGCGAGCCUACCCAGAGUGUCUCCAGCCCCACACUGGGCCCUCCGUAUCCCCGCGGCUCGCAGCAGGCCCAGAUCGGCCGGUACAUGCUCGGCUCCGCGCCCGCGCCGGGGACAGACCCGACCGUCAAGUGGCUGACCUCGCUGCUCGACUACGCCCCGCCCGGCGAGCCCGCCGAGAUCCCGCUGUCGUGGAUCUACGCCGAGUUCCAGAAACAUUGCGCGCGCGUCGGCGCCGACGCCGGCCUCUCCAUGCCCGCGCUCGCCGACAAGAUCCUCGCCGCGUUCAGCAGAUCUCCUUCCCUUCCCCCUGCCACCCUCGCGAACUCCAACUCGACUAAUCCCGUCAUCCGCGGGCUGAGGCCCAGGCCUCAUCCUCCCCCGCCCUCUGCGGGCUAUCCUCGGCAACAGGUAGACGGGCCCUCGAGUACGCCGACUAUGCAGCACGAGAGUUGGCCCCGGAUCCGCAACGAGUCCGUGCUCUCGGUCAAUGAGGAGCACCGCAGCUUGAGGGAGACCCUGCGACACGAGAUAUACCAGGAAUUCGCGACCUCGUACCACCAGUCGCUCGAGCACCAGCUGGAGCGACAACAGAAGGAGAUCGAGAUCAUGAAGGCCGACCUCCAAUGGAUCAAGGGGUUCCUGGUCAGCCAGUCGAAGACCCAGAAGCAGACGGCCUCCGCCGAGCACCAGCUCCUGACCACCGUCCAACAGCAAGUGCAGAGCCAGGCCUCGCUGCUCCAGCAAGCCCUCCAGGCCCCCACCGCCCCUGUCUCCGGCCCCGGCAAACACCCCUCCGCACAGGGCUUCCCCCAGCUCGCCACCCCACACCAUCCCUCCCCCGACACCCUCAAACAAAAUCACCACCAGCAGCAGCACUCCCUCGCCCCCGACCGGCCCUCCUCGUUCGCCCACUUCCCCCACUAA